GGAAUUGAUGCGCGUACACGUGGUGGGUCAUUAUGCUGCUGCACCUGUGUAGUGUGAAGAAUCUGUACCAGAACAGGUUUUUAGGCCUGGCCGCCAUGGCGUCUCCUUCUAGAAACUCGCAGAGCCGACGCCGGUGCAAGGAGCCGCUCCGAUACAGUUACAACCCUGACCAGUUCCACAACAUGGACCUCAGGGGCGGCCCCCAUGAUGGCGUCACCAUUCCCCGCUCCACCAGCGACACCGACCUGGUCACCUCGGACAGCCGCUCCACGCUCAUGGUCAGCAGCUCCUACUACUCCAUCGGGCACUCGCAGGACCUGGUCAUCCACUGGGACAUAAAGGAGGAAGUGGACGCUGGGGACUGGAUUGGCAUGUACCUCAUUGAUGAGGUGUUGUCUGAAAACUUUCUGGACUACAAGAACCGUGGAGUCAAUGGUUCUCAUCGGGGCCAGAUCAUCUGGAAGAUCGACGCCAGCUCGUACUUCGUGGAACCUGAAACUAAGAUCUGCUUCAAAUACUACCAUGGAGUGAGUGGGGCCCUGCGAGCAACCACCCCCAGUGUCACAGUCAAAAACUCGGCAGCUCCUAUUUUUAAAAGCAUUGGCUCUGAUGAGACUGUCCAAGGACAAGGAAGUCGGAGGCUGAUCAGCUUCUCUCUCUCAGAUUUCCAAGCCAUGGGGUUGAAGAAAGGGAUGUUUUUCAAUCCAGACCCUUAUCUGAAGAUUUCCAUCCAGCCUGGGAAGCACAGCAUCUUCCCCGCCCUGCCUCACCAUGGACAGGAGAGGAGAUCCAAGAUCAUAGGCAACACCGUGAACCCCAUCUGGCAGGCCGAGCAAUUCAGUUUUGUGUCCUUGCCCACUGACGUGCUGGAAAUUGAGGUGAAGGACAAGUUUGCCAAGAGCCGCCCCAUCAUCAAGCGCUUCUUGGGAAAGCUGUCGAUGCCCGUUCAAAGACUCCUGGAGAGACACGCCAUAGGGGAUAGGGUGGUCAGCUACACACUUGGCCGCAGGCUUCCAACAGAUCAUGUGAGUGGACAGCUGCAAUUCCGAUUUGAGAUCACUUCCUCCAUCCACCCAGAUGAUGAGGAGAUUUCCCUGAGUACGGAGCCUGAGUCAGCCCAAAUUCAGGACAGCCCCAUGAACAAUGUGGUGGAAAACGGCAGUGGGGAUCCUCGUGCUGAGGCCCCGGAGCCCUCUGAGAGCUGGAAGCCAGAGCAGCUGGGUGAGGGCAGUGUCCUUGAUGGUCCAGGGAACCAGAGCAUGGAGCUUUCCAGAACAACUGAGGAAGCAGCAAUUAUCACAGAGACAGGAGACCAGGGCAUGGUCUCUGUGGGACCUGAAGGAGCUGGGGAGCUCCUGGCCCAGGUGCAAAAGGACAUCCAGCCUGCCCCGAGUGCAGAAGAGCUGGCCGAGCAGCUGGACCUGGGUGAGGAGGCGUCCGCACUGCUGCUGGAAGACGGUGACGUCCCAGCCAGCACCAAGGAGGAGCACGUGGAGGAGGAAACCACCGCACAGAGCCUGGCUGGAAGGGAGGAAGAGAAGGAGCGGGAGGAGGAGGUGGGAGAUGUGUCUGCCCUGGAGCAGGGAGAGGGCAGGCUACAGCUGCGGGCCUCCGUGAAGAGAAAAAGCAGGCCCUGCUCCUUGCCUGUGUCCGAGCUGGAGACAGUGAUCGCGUCGGCCUGUGGGGACCCCGAGACCCCGAGGACACACUACAUCCGCAUCCACACCCUGCUGCACAGCAUGCCCUCGGCCCAGGGCAGCAGCGUGGCGGAGGACGAGGACGGCGCGGAGGAGUCCACCCUAAAGGACUCCUCGGAGAAGGACGGGCUCAGUGAGGUGGACACGGUGGCCGCUGACCCGUCCGCCCUGGAAGAGGACGGAGAAGAGCCCGAGGGGGCUACUCCAGGCACGGCGCCCCCCGGCCACACCGGGGACCACUUCCCCAGCCUGGCCAACGGCGCGGCCCCGGACGGCGACACGCACCCCAGCACCGGGAGCGAGAGCGACUCCAGCCCCAGGCAAGGCGGGGACCACAGCUGCGAGGGCUGUGACGCGUCCUGCUGCAGCCCCUCGUGCUACAGCUCCUCGUGCUACAGCACGUCCUGCUACAGCAGCUCCUGCUACAGCGCCUCCUGCUACAGCCCCUCCUGCUACAACGGCAACAGGUUCGCCAGCCACACGCGCUUCUCCUCGGUAGACAGCGCCAAGAUCUCCGAGAGCACGGUCUUCUCCUCGCAAGACGACGACGACGAGGAGAACAGCGCGUUCGAGUCGGUGCCCGACUCCAUGCAGAGCCCUGAGCUGGACCCGGAGUCCACAAACGGCGCUGGGCCGUGGCAAGACGAGCUGGCCGCCCCUGGCGGGCACGUGGAAAGAACCCCGGAAGGUCUGGAAUCCCCCGUGGCAGGUCCAAGCAAUCGGAGAGAAGGUGAAUGUCCUAUACUCCAUAAUUCCCAGCCAGUAAGCCAGCUUCCUUCCCUGAGGCCUGAACAUCAUCACUACCCAACAAUCGAUGAGCCUCUUCCACCAAACUGGGAAGCUCGAAUUGACAGCCACGGGCGGGUCUUUUAUGUGGACCACGUGAACCGCACAACCACCUGGCAGCGUCCCACAGCAGCAGCCACCCCGGAUGGCAUGCGGAGAUCGGGGUCCAUCCAGCAGAUGGAGCAACUCAACAGGCGGUAUCAAAAUAUUCAGCGAACCAUUGCAACAGAGAGGCCUGAAGAAGAUUCUGGCAGCCAAAGCUGUGAGCAAGCCCCAGCAGGAGGAGGCGGAGGUGGAGGGAGUGACUCAGAAGCCGAAUCUUCCCAGUCCAGCUUAGAUCUAAGAAGAGAAGGUUCACUGUCUCCAGUGAACUCGCAAAAAAUUACCUUGCUGCUGCAGUCCCCAGCGGUCAAGUUCAUCACCAACCCGGAGUUCUUCACUGUGCUGCACGCCAAUUAUAGUGCCUACCGAGUCUUCACCAGUAGCACCUGCUUAAAGCACAUGAUUCUGAAAGUCCGGCGGGAUGCUCGCAAUUUUGAACGCUACCAGCACAACCGGGACUUGGUGAAUUUCAUCAACAUGUUCGCAGACACUCGGCUGGAACUGCCCCGGGGCUGGGAGAUCAAAACAGACCAGCAGGGAAAGUCUUUUUUUGUGGACCACAACAGUCGAGCUACCACUUUCAUCGAUCCCCGAAUCCCUCUUCAGAACGGUCGUCUUCCCAAUCAUCUGACUCAUCGACAGCAUCUCCAGAGGCUCCGAAGUUACAGCGCUGGAGAGGCCUCGGAAGUCUCUAGAAACAGAGGAGCCUCUUUACUGACUAGGCCAGGGCACAGCCUAGUCGCUGCUAUUCGAAGCCAACAUCAACAUGAGUCAUUGCCACUGGCAUAUAAUGACAAGAUUGUGGCAUUUCUUCGCCAGCCAAACAUUUUUGAAAUGCUGCAAGAGCGUCAGCCAAGCUUAGCAAGAAACCACGCACUCAGGGAGAAAAUCCAUUACAUUCGGACUGAGGGUAAUCACGGGCUUGAGAAGUUGUCCUGUGAUGCAGACCUGGUCAUUUUGCUUAGUCUCUUUGAAGAAGAGAUUAUGUCCUACGUCCCCCUGCAGGCUGCCUUCCACCCUGGGUAUAGCUUCUCUCCCCGCUGUUCACCCUGUUCCUCACCUCAGAACUCCCCAGGUUUACAGAGAGCCAGCGCAAGAGCCCCUUCCCCCUACCGGAGAGACUUUGAGGCCAAGCUCCGCAAUUUCUACAGAAAACUGGAAGCCAAAGGAUUUGGUCAGGGUCCAGGGAAAAUCAAGCUCAUUAUUCGCCGGGAUCACUUGUUGGAAGGAACCUUCAAUCAGGUGAUGGCCUAUUCGCGGAAAGAGCUCCAGCGAAACAAGCUCUACGUCACCUUUGUUGGAGAGGAGGGCCUGGACUACAGUGGUCCCUCGCGGGAGUUCUUCUUCCUUCUGUCUCAGGAGCUCUUCAAUCCUUACUAUGGACUCUUUGAGUACUCAGCAAAUGAUACUUACACGGUGCAGAUCAGCCCCAUGUCCGCAUUUGUAGAAAACCAUCUUGAGUGGUUCAGGUUUAGUGGUCGCAUCCUGGGCCUGGCUCUGAUCCAUCAGUACCUUCUUGACGCUUUCUUCACGAGGCCCUUCUAUAAGGCACUCCUGAGACUGCCCUGUGAUUUGAGUGACCUGGAAUAUUUGGAUGAGGAAUUCCACCAGAGCUUGCAGUGGAUGAAGGACAACAACAUCACAGACAUCCUAGACCUCACUUUCACUGUUAAUGAAGAGGUUUUUGGACAGGUCACGGAAAGGGAGUUGAAGUCUGGAGGAGCCAACACACAGGUGACAGAGAAGAACAAGAAGGAAUACAUCGAGCGCAUGGUGAAGUGGCGGGUGGAGCGCGGCGUGGUGCAGCAGACCGAGGCGCUGGUGCGCGGCUUCUACGAGGUUGUAGACUCAAGGCUGGUGUCCGUGUUUGAUGCCAGGGAGCUGGAGCUGGUGAUUGCUGGCACCGCAGAAAUUGACCUGAAUGACUGGCGGAAUAACACGGAGUACCGGGGAGGUUACCAUGAUGGGCAUCUUGUGAUCCGCUGGUUCUGGGCCGCGGUGGAGCGCUUCAAUAAUGAGCAGAGGCUGAGAUUACUGCAGUUUGUCACGGGAACAUCCAGCGUGCCCUACGAAGGCUUCGCAGCCCUCCGGGGGAGCAAUGGGCUUCGGCGCUUCUGCAUAGAGAAAUGGGGGAAAAUUACCUCUCUCCCCAGGGCACACACAUGCUUCAACCGACUGGAUCUUCCACCGUAUCCCUCGUACUCCAUGUUGUAUGAAAAGCUGUUAACAGCAGUAGAGGAAACCAGCACCUUUGGACUUGAGUGAGGACAUGGAACCUCGCCUGACAUUUUCCUGGCCAGUGACAUCACCCUUCCUGGGAUGAUCCCCUUUUCCCUUUCCCUUAAUCAACUCUCCCUUGAUUUUGGUAUUCCAUGAUUUUUAUUUUCAAACCAAAUCAGGAUUGACAAAAGCUGUGCAUGAAGAACUGCCUUCUUCUAAGAUCUAACCUUCAGGCUUCUCUCCUCUGUUUUCAAUGAACUGCUAGCCUGUAUGCAAUAUUAAAAAACAGCUGUCUCAAGGUCUGUGUAUAUCUCCACAUACCUCCAUUACUAACAAUGAAAUAUGAAUGCAAGUUAAGCUACACUUGACCAAAUGGUAAUAAAUGUUUACUUCCAUUUCUAUCAUUUAAGGGAAAAUUUGAGCAUUCAGCACUCCAGGCUCUUAUAUGCCCAUGUCUUCUGAGCAGAGCCACCAUUUUUUAUAAUUUCUAACAACCAACUCCAGAACUAGGAGCUGAUCAUCUCCAUUUUCCCCACUCUCUACUUUUCCUUGUGCAUAAUAUCCAUCCAAAGGACAACAGUGGCAAAGCUGAAAUUUUUAUACAUUCAACUCAUGAUUCACAUGUGGCAUCAGUCCCAUCAGCCAGACGUAGCCCAGACAUACGGUGCAAAUAUGACACUUUAACAAUUAACAGCAGCAAGAAAACACUUGCUACUGAUGCGAUCGAUGCAGUGCGUCCCAAUGGUUGCGGGGAUUGUGGGCUCAACUCCUGAGAAGCUUAGGAGGGGCAGCGCCCCUAGUGAACACUCACACCACGAGAAGCACAAACGUGUGCACCUGUCCAGGAAAGAAAUCUUCUUAAUUGAUGUAGCAUAAAGGAUGAGGCUUCAACCCCCAUUGUGUAGAAUGUGGCAGUAGAAGGGGAAGAAGGACACAUUCCCUUGGUUUCAACCCCUGAAUUCCAUAUUGUUCUGUUUUGUUUAGCCACAGUCCUUCACAAAGAAAAAAAAAAAAUGUGUAGAUGAUACCAUGACUUUUGUUUGCUUGGCAGACAAACCCUUUUUUUUAAACUUCGAUAUUGGUUUUUUCACGUUUUUCCCCCCUUUUCCUUUCUUAAUCAUGGCGUUCAAGUUCCUUUACAUUCGAUUGUCCAUCGGGACCACACUAGGAAGCUGCAGAGAGUGAUGGUGCUUGUUAGGGAUCAAGGGCAACAUAGUACUUUUCCCUCACCCAUAGCAAUCCUCCCGGGACAGAAACAGAACACCCCAAAGGCACAUCGAUUUGUAUCAAAAUCAAUAUCCAGUUUCAUUUAGCGUUCAGUAAAAACAUAACUCAGAAAACUUCCUGUUGUCAGAAAAACAGUUGCAGGCUCCAAAGACAGCCUAACCUCUCAAUUACAUUUGAAAUAAACCCAACCAUAAUGGU